AUGGAAGGGGAGCUGCUGGCCAAGGGGGCCGGCGGGGGCCGCCUUCCGCGCCGCCAUGGUGCUCCGGACCUUGCUGCCUUGGGGCCCGCCACGAGGUGCAAGAGGCGAUCUUGCCGGUCUCUGGGGUCGCUCCGCCUGCAGGCGGCGUCCGAGUUGAAGUCCGACCCGCCUUCGGCGUGGCCCAAGCGAUGCAAGGCCCCCGAGGUGCCGCGCAGCAGUGAGCCCAAGAAAAUAUCCCUGCUGGGGUCGACCGGCUCAAUCGGCACCCAGACCCUGGACAUCUGUGCAGAGCACCCUGACGAAUUUCGCGUGCUGGCGAUGGCCGCCGGCUCCAACGUGGACCUGUUGGCCAAACAUGUCAGGGAGUUCAAACCAGAGCUGGUCGCCAUCCGAAACCCCACCUUGGUCGAGACUCUGAAGGAGCUCAUCAAAGACGUGCACCCUCAGCCAGAAGUGUAUGCAGGAGAAGAGGGGGUUGUUGCUGCUGCCACCCACCCAGACUGUGAGUCUGUUGUAACGGGCAUCGUUGGCUGCGCGGGUUUGCGGCCCACUGUUGCAGCCAUCGAGAGCGGGAAGAAUAUUUGCCUGGCCAACAAGGAGACGCUCAUUGCUGGGGGCCCCUAUGUAUUGCCUCUGGCAGAGAAACAUGGUGUGCAUAUACUACCAGCGGACUCUGAGCACUCAGCUAUAUUCCAAUGCUUGCAGGGCCUUCCAGAAGGUGGCUUGAGACGAAUCAUACUCACAGCAUCUGGUGGAGCAUUCCGUGACUGGCCUGUGGAAAAGCUGAAGGAUGUCAAGGUCUCUGAUGCACUGAAGCAUCCCAAUUGGAGCAUGGGAAGGAAAAUUACAGUGGACUCAGCGACACUAAUGAACAAAGGCCUGGAAGUUAUCGAGGCGCAUUACCUGUUUGGGCCAGACUAUGACCACAUCGAGGCCGUAAUCCAUCCACAGAGCAUUAUCCAUUCCAUGGUGGAAACAUCCGACUCCUCCGUGCUGGCACAGCUCGGAUGGCCUGACAUGCGGCUUCCUAUUCUGUACACUAUGUCUUGGCCCAACCGGGUGAACACUUCGGAAGACACUUGGCCCCGACUGGACUUCGUAAAGAUGGGUGACCUCACGUUCCGCGAACCAGAUCGGCAAAAGUACCCGGCGUUGGACCUGUCUUAUGCCGCAGGGAGGGCGGGAGGCACAAUGACAGGGGUGUUGAGUGCAGCGAACGAGAAGGCUGUUGAGCUAUUUUUGGAAGAAAAAUGUGGCUACCUGGACAUCAUACGGUUGAUCGAGUCCACAUGUGAAAGGCACCAGUCCGAUUUGGUGACAGAACCAUCGUUAGAAGAGAUCGUGCACUACGACUUGUGGGCGCGCGAUUAUGCAGCAGAGCAAGUCUCGAACCUGGGACUCAUUGCAGCUUGA